UGAAAAUUUAAUGGAGAAACGGGAUUUCUUUCAUUCUUUACUAUAGAAAAGUAUUGCUUCAUUCAUUUCGAUAAAUGUUUAUUACAUUCAGCGCAUAUCUAUCUGCGAUAACAGUACACAUCUGUUGCACAUAAAGUGGAUGAAGAAAAAUUAGUGUUAAAACUUAACAGCGAGAUUCAACGAAAACAGUACAGUAACAACAAAUCGUCUGAAUCAGGAUGAGUUCGACAGGUGUGCUGCCGUUUGUGCGAGGAAUUGAUUUCACCUGCAAUGAUUUCAGUGAUGGAAAGUUUCCUAGGAACAUAAGACAUAUGUCCGGGGUGCAGUGGCUCAAGCUAGACCGUACAGGGAUUGAAGAAAUUCCCGAAGAAAUGGGAAAGCUGAUGAAAUUGGAACAUCUUUCGAUGAAGAACAACCAGCUCGAAAAACUGUUCGGCGAGCUUACGGAACUAAACUGUUUGCGAACGCUGAAUAUGCGACGGAACAAUAUUAAAAGUUCCGGUAUUCCGAAUGAGCUUUUUGAUUUGGAGGAGCUGACCACAUUGGAUUUAUCGCACAACAAAUUGAAAGAAGUCCCGGAAGGAUUGGACAAGGCUAAAAGCCUACUGGUAUUAAAUCUUAGCAAUAAUCAAAUUGAGAGCAUUCCACCUUCGCUUUUCAUAAAAUUGACAGAUUUGUUAUUUCUGGAUUUGUCCAAUAACAAACUGGAAACUCUUCCACCACAAACCAGACGCCUUUCAAACCUGCAAACACUGGUUUUGAACGACAACCCACUGGAAUUGUUCCAACUUCGUCAGCUUCCUUCGCUACAAAACUUGAUAUGCCUACAAAUGCGCAACACGCAACGCACUAUAACCAACUUUCCAGCCGCACUAGACAGUCUUUCCAACCUGCAGGAGCUAGAUCUCUCUCAAAACGCACUAUCUAAAAUUCCUGAUGCUUUGUACAACUUGUUCAAUUUAAAACGACUAAAUUUAAAUGACAACGUCAUUCAAGAAAUUUCACCAUCGAUCGAAAAUUUAGCCAAACUGGAGACUUUAAAUCUUUCAAGAAAUAAUCUGACACUUCUUCCGGCUACUUUGUGCAAAUUGCAAAAUCUCCGGCGUCUGUACGUCAACGAUAAUGCAUUAAAUUUUGAGGGGAUUCCGUCUAGCAUUGGAAAGCUGAGCGCACUGGAAGUGUUUUCCGCUUCCAACAACCAAUUGGAAAUGGUACCGGAGGGCUUGUGUCGAUGUGGUUCCUUGAAAAAGUUGAAUCUUAGUUGGAAUAAAUUGAUAACGCUACCAGAAGCAAUACACCUACUGACCGAUAUGGAUCAGCUUGAUUUGAGGAACAAUCCAGAUUUAGUGAUGCCUCCGAAACCGGUGGAAGUUCAGCGCGGCGACGGUCUAGCUUUCUACAAUAUUGAUUUCUCGCUACAGACUCAGUUACGAUUGGCGGGGGCGAAUGUGCCUGCCCAAGCACAGGUGGCGAAUAGUAGCAAGGAUCCAAUUGCCCGGAAGCUACGGUUACGACGAGGUGCACGGAAUGAUUCAGCAGAUCAAGAUUCGGCAAAGAUUCUCAAAGGUAUGCAGGACAUCGCCAAGGAUAAAAAUACCCUUGGGUUUGAAGAUGAGAAAGUGGAAAAUCUGAAACCGAAACGAUGGGACGAAUCGUUGGAGAAACCUCCAGUAGAUUAUUCCGAAAUUUUUGAGGAAGAAGACGGACAAUACGUCGGACUAACGAUUUGGGAAAUUGAAAACUUUUUGCCAAAUAAAAUCGAGGAAGCAGCACAUGGCAAAUUCUACGAGGGCGAUUGUUACAUUGUGCUGAAGACAGUGCAUGACGAUGUUGGGCAGUUAAGUUGGGAGAUUUACUUCUGGAUUGGGACCAAAGCAACAUUGGACAAAAGAGCAUGUGCUGCCAUACAUGCGGUCAAUUUGAGGAACUAUCUGGGAGCACGCUGUCGCACAAUUCGAGAAGAACAAGCCGAUGAGUCCGAUGAGUUCUUGGCACUGUUUGACACAGACGUUACAUACAUCGAGGGUGGUAGAACGUCCACCGGGUUUUACACCAUUGAAAACUUAGUGUAUAUUGUUCGGCUGUACAGAGUUCAUGAUGCCGGUGCCAACAUACAUCUGGAACCGGUCGAAGUUAGUUAUGCAUCUCUGGAUCCCGGCUAUGUGUUUGUACUAGACACCGGUCUUCAGCUUUUCAUGUGGUAUGGUGCAAAAUCUAAAAACACUCUGAAAUCAAAAGCUCGGCUAACGGCAGAAAAAAUUAACAAGAACGAACGGAAAAACAAAGCGGAAAUCUUCCAGGAAUAUCAAGGCAGUGAGGGUGUGGAGUUCUGGAAAGCUCUUGGAUUUCCUAAUGGUCAAGGUCCUGGUGAAAAGCCUACUUCACAUGUCGACGGGGAUUUCCUUCCAAUUCCUCCCCGUUUGUACCAAAUUCAACUUGGCAUGGGCUACCUUGAGCUACCACAAAUAGAACUGCCGAGUAGGACCCUGCACCAUACGAUUCUCAAUAGUAAAAAUGUUUAUAUCUUGGACUGCUACCUGGAUCUGUUUGUGUGGUUUGGUAAAAAAUCUACUCGGCUAGUGCGUGCUGCCGCAAUCAAAUUAUCUCAGGAACUAUUUAACAUGAUUGAUCGCCCCGAGUAUGCGUUGAUAACCCGUGUACAGGAGGGAACCGAAACGCAGGUCUUUAAAUCCAAAUUCACUGGAUGGGAGGAGGUUAUAGCAGUUGAUUUCACUCGUACUGCACAGUCUGUGGCUCGGACCGGCGCCGAUCUUACGGAAUGGGCGAAAAAGCAAGAGACCAAAGCCGACUUGGCGGCUUUGUUCAUGCCUCGGCAACCGUCGAUGACGCUGAUCGAGGCCCAGCAGCUUGCGGACGAUUGGAACUACGAUCUGGAUGUGAUGGAAUCGUUUGUUCUGGAAGGCAAGAAAUUUGUUCGACUUCCCGAUGAGGAAUUGGGUAUUUUCUACACCGGCGAAUGCUACGUAUUCCUUUGCCGGUACUGCCUUCCGGUGGAUGACGACGACGAGGAAGACGAAGACGAGUUGGUAGAAAACACAACUAAAGAAAAGUUGAAAAAAUCAUCUGCGCCACCUGCCGAGGAAAUUCAGUGCGUGGUUUAUUUCUGGCAGGGUCGCGAGGCUGGCAACAUGGGAUGGUUGACAUUUACGUUUACGUUGCAGAAAAAAUUCAAAUCCAUGUUCGGUGAGGAACUGGAAGUGGUCAGAAUUCACCAACAACAGGAAAACCUUAAAUUCAUGUCCCAUUUCAAGGGAAAAUUUGUGAUAAAAAACGGUCGUAGAAAGGAGAGAAUAAAGACACCGGAGGGAAAGCUCCCGGUAGAAUUCUAUCACCUGCGUUCGAACGGAAGCGCUCUCUGCACCAGAUUGAUUCAGGUGAAGACCGAUGCUACGUUGCUGAAUUCCGCUUUCUGCUAUAUUCUGUUUGUGCCAUUCGAAACGGAUGAUGAUUCGGAAACCGGUAUCCUGUACGUUUGGAUCGGUUCCAAAACGUCUACCGAAGAGGCACGGCUGAUUCAGGAGAUUGCCGAAGAUAUGUUCAAUACUCCAUGGGUUAGUUUUCAGAUUCUGCAUGAAGGUGAAGAGCCGGAAAACUUCUUUUGGGUUGCUUUGGGUGGUCGCAAACCGUACGACACGGAUGCCGAAUACAUGGAUUACACUCGAUUGUUCCGUUGUUCGAACGAAAAAGGCUACUUCACGGUAGCGGAAAAAUGUUCCGAUUUCUGCCAGGAUGAUCUAGCCGACGAUGACAUUAUGAUUCUGGAUAAUGGUGAACAGGUCUUUCUUUGGCUCGGUUCCCGUUGCAGCGAAGUGGAAAUCAAGUUAGCUUACAAAUCUGCACAGGUUUACAUUCAACAUAUGCGCAUAAAACAACCGCAACGUCCGAGGAAACUUUUCCUCACCCUGAAAAAUAAAGAAUCAAAACGAUUCACAAAGUGCUUCCAUGGUUGGAGUGCGCACAAACGUCCUCCAGAAUAGUAAGAACGCUGUUCAAAGCGUUAAUGUUCUAGCCGGAGCGGAUAUUACUGCCCAAGCUGGUAGUCGUCCGAUACACAAAAACAGAUUUACUAUUGAUUCGAAGCGUGCAGUUAAUAGUGAUGGUUCAUGUAAAGAUUUGAAGAAAAAACGGAUCUGUACUUAUUUUUCAU